CAAAUGUGCAUCAAAUGAACUUAUAACAUUUGGAUCAGAGACAUUUUUUUUUUCAUUUAAUUGAACUAUAUAAUAAUGUGCAAUAUUGUGAUGUACAAUUUAGGGUGUGGUGAAGUUUGUUUGAAAAUAAAUGUGUUGUAAUUGCCCAAAUCUCUUCACAAAAUAAUAAAGAAUUAUUAAUUAGACUAUUCAAAUAUGUACAUACAUUAAAAUUAUCGAUAAUUUCUUUUUUUUUUAAGCAAUAAACACGCUAUCUUAAUUAUUGGUUGAAUGUUGAAAACUAUAAAAGAGAAAGAAAACUAUAGUUAUUAAAAUUUAUAUAUACGAAAAAGUCAUUGUAAAGGAAUUUUUAGAGCUACAAGAUAAGAGAUUUAUGAGUCAGCCAUUCAGUUGUGUCACGGUUAAGUGCAGAGCAUAUCUGAUUUUCUUAAAAAUUUUUUAUUUAUUUUGAUUUCGAAAAAAUUAUUUUAUACAAAACAUUUACAAAAAAAAAUAACGGUUUAUUAACUUACCAGGUAAGAUUAAUGAUUUUUUCAAUGGUAAAAAUGUCUAAUGUUAGUAAUUUGGAGCAACAAAUUGCAAAUUUGCAAAUUAAUCAUGGAGAUGGUAUUAAAACUAUCAAAUCUGGAAAAAAAGUUGGACCAGCUGUACCUCCAAAACCAAAAAAAUCUCAGCCACAGGUACCACAAAGUUAUACCAUAAAGGCUGCAUCUGUGCCAUCAUAUAGUACAGUACUUAAUAAUUCUGGACAAAAUGAAAAACCAUCAAAUUUGUAUGUAAAUUCUCCUUCACCAUAUGUGCUAUUAAAUAUGGAGAAAAAUGAUUUUUCAUCUACUGCAAAUGGAAAAGAUAUUUCCAAAAAUUAUCAGAAUAACGAAAAUUUCUAUAUUCAUCAAUCAGAUGAGAAAUUUGAGCCAAAAUAUGGAUAUGAUGAAAAAAAUCAUUAUUCAAAUAUUAGCAAUAUGCCAGCUCCUCAAGUUCCAAUUGAAGAUCAUUCAAGAUCAACAAGAAACAUUGUAUAUAGCAAUAUAGAUCCUCCAAUAUCUAUACCAAUUAAUAAAACAACUAAAACUGAAAAAGACAUAAUUUAUAGCAAUAUUCAAUGGAAUUCUAAGCCAGAAAACACAUAUUGUAAUAUUUCUUCUGCACAUAGUAAUGAUGAUUUACCACCACCACCAGAACCUUCCGAAUAUGUUCCAUGUGUACCAGGUAGUUCUUUUCCACCACCACCAGAAGAAUUACCACCUCCACCAAGUCCAGUAUCGUCUAGUUAUAGUGAAUUAAGACGUGCUACUUAUCAAACUGAUUUUCCAUCUGAUAAUUAUCCAAAUGAUAUUUAUGGUCCAAGUUCACAAUCCAGUUCUACAUAUGAAUCUAUAUAUGAACCAAUUAAUCCUAGACCACCAUCACAAUUAUCUUGUAAUUAUUCUAUGUACUCUGGUUAUGGAUCUGCUACAUCUACCCAACCUCAAGGAAAAGUAUCUCCCGUUAAAGAAGUGGAUGUUCUCACUGAUCUGUUGGUUCAAGGAAUGGAAGAUAAUGCCGAAGAUAAUGAUAUAUAUGGAAUUUGUGCACAAUGUGGUCGUAAAGUUGAAGGCGAAGGUACCGGUUGUUCCGCGAUGGAUAAGGUGUUUCAUAUUGAUUGUUUCUGUUGUUAUGUUUGUAAAGUUAAUCUACAGGGUAAACCUUUUUAUUCACUUGAAAACAAACCUUAUUGCGAAGAGGAUUACUUAAAUACUUUAGAAAAGUGUUGUGUUUGCACAAGACCAAUACUUGAUAGAAUAUUAAGAGCCACUGGAAAACCUUAUCAUCCAUCCUGUUUUACAUGUGUAGUUUGUGGACAAAGUUUGGAUGGCAUACCAUUUACAGUAGAUGCUACAAAUCAAAUUCAUUGUAUACAAUGUUUCCACAAAAAAUUUGCACCUCGUUGUUGCGUUUGUAAGUUACCAAUUAUGCCAGAACCAGGUCAAGAUGAAACUGUACGUGUUGUAGCACUAGAUCGUAGUUUUCAUAUUCAGUGCUAUAAAUGUGAAGAUUGUGGAUUGAUUUUAUCUUCUGAUUCUGAAGGACGUGGCUGCUAUCCUUUGGAUGAUCAUGUAUUAUGCAAAAGUUGUAAUGCUACUCGUGUGCAAGCAUUAACAUCACAUAUGACAACUGAAUUAUAAAUGGCAUAAAUAUAAUAAUUACAAUUAUAUAUUAAAUUGUCAAAU